GCUUUCUAUUUCAGAACCCUUUAGUUUAGCAUCAUCUCUCUGAUUUUGCACGUCAUUCAUACCUAAGAGCCACGGGUCCUCCGUUGAUUCUCAGGCACAAAUCCUCGUCGUGCAAGCUUUUGCGGGUCGGCAUGCAGCGUGGUAUGCUCUCCAUUCAUUAAGGUGUUAAACCUCAGGAAUCAAGGGUCAUUAGGAACUCAAUUCCAUGGUCGCAGUAGGUUCCGCCUAAGUUCUAUUACGAAAACAAUAUUGAAGCUUGACUACGAUCUUCGCGCCCCUGUAUUGCUCUUCGCUGGGGCGCUAUCCGAGUCGCUGGCACUCAGUUGGUCGAUAUAGGUACGCUUAAGGCGUUCACAAACACGCCUGUAGUCGCGGUACCCGUCUUCGGCGCUUACUCCUGGUUCAUGGUGGGGACCCGACAAGUUGUUCGAACAUCAUGUGGACCUUUCUUUCAUCAGAGUAUCCGGUUUCAUGUCCUAAGCUUGAAGCGCUUCUCGAAUGUCGUGCUUUAGUCACGUUGGAUGGAUCGUCAGAACCCCGGUACUCAACUUUCUUGUUAUUGGGAAUGGUUAAUAUUCCCCGACGACUAGAUUCGUCAUCGCGUUAUUCGCUUGAUUCCAAUAUCAUGGUGGAGCUUAGCACCGUGAACGGGAAGGCAACCCCACAGUCGGUGCUUGUUCGGGUUGAAGCACCGAAGACUAUUAUCAUGACACAACCCCUGCCUCGCCAAUUCAAUAUCCAGUCCUUUGCAGACCCUGGCGCAUUUGCAGGCGAGCGGCGCAUUUUAACGUCCGAGGGAGUUCAACUCCAGGAGCCAUCGGCAUCUGGUGGCCCACAUGAUCACGGUUUGGGUAUACCCAUCGAUUUAAUACCCGGCCCACAUGCCAUCGGCAUUGUUUGGCGCGCGAUUGAGGAAAUAGGGACUAGGGACCGUUAUCAAUUGCUAGCUCAAGGUCUUAGGUUACCUCCAGCUUCCCCGGACAGAACCCGGGUGAAACGUGGAUUGUCCAGCAGCAAGUCUUUGAAGGCAGUCCAGAGGGUCUUUAUUCUUGCGUAGGAUCUUGACACAUGAUGGUGAACAAGCAUGGACUUACGAAGGAGCCGAGCCUGGCCAACAGAUCCAGGUCCGCAAAGUGGACACUACGAAGCCCUUGCCAAGAAACCAAUUAUGGGUCA